UGUUAGGGCUAUGUUUUGGAAGCCAAGAAAAGAAAAGAGAGUAUUUCAGGGCUGCCACAGCUAAAGCCCUCUACCCCAACUCCCCAACCCAACUGAAUCAUCAUUCAAAGCGAAACCCAUGUUCCAGGAUUCACCUGGCCGGGGUGGGGACCUGGGAUUAUGGAGAAGCUUUAUACUCUGUAGUGCUUUCGAUUUCGUACCGUCAAUGGCAUGACGGGUUUGAUCUAUCAAGCCUUUUAGACGAAGAUUAGAGCUGCAUCAUCAAUCAUGGAGAAGCUUGAAGUUCAUAAUAGUGAAGGUGAAGGAUUUACAGUCGAUAAUGCAGGGCGAACAAAGAAGAAGAGAAGAACUGUUUUAGUCUAGAUGAAAGGACCUUUUAAGAUGGAGGGCUUCGAUAUGUUUGUGAUACGGGUAUAUGUGACAGUAAUCACAACCCUAUGGAAGGUAUCCGGAGCUUUGGCUUUUCUGAGUUCUGAUUGAGCGAUAGUCAUCGAAGGGUACUUUCUACCAUCUUCGAUUUCACUGAAGCUGUCUGAGGUCACUUCAAACUUCUUUUGUUUUCAGUUUCCCUGCAAAAUUCAACAUCCCCAACCCGACGGUAACUUCUCUAAUUCUCCUUUCAGAUCUCUUCUGCUUCUGUUUCUUUAGUAUUCCUCUUUCAUUCAUUUUCUUCCAGUUUAUAUCCAUUGAUAACUCUGCUUUGCUUCUCUUACUGUUGAUGGAGAAAGCAUGGCUUCUGAACUAUUCCGAAUCGCUCCUCAUGAAGCCGAAAGCCCGACAGAGGUCUCGCUGAGGGAAGCUUUCGUGCUUCUUCAGAAUCAGCUGAAACCUCCAUUACCUCUAACAAUUCCAUCUCCACCAGAGUAUUUAGAGCUUAAUCGGGCUAUCCUGUUUGGUGUUUUAGUUGAACCUCACCUUGCCAAAACCCAUUUUAUCCACUUAAAUGCUAUCGUAACUGAUGGGUACGAAUUUUUCGUUAGUUUGCUUCUCAAGAUAGUAAUUGAAUCGUACCCUAAAAUUCUCGAAUCUGUGAGGGCUCAAUUGAUAUGGGUUUCUUCAGAGCUCGUCGAUGUUUCGGCUAUUGGGGUUGAUAAUUUGUUGAUUUCCCUGAUGAGGCAAAUUGUCGGUGGGGAUUAUAGUAAUUGGAACUUGUGGUUAUGCAUGGAAUUGCUAAAGACUUUAUUGGCAAAAUGGGAUUGGCUUUUGGAAGAACCAUUUGUUUUGACAAGUGCUCUGUUUACGUAUCUCCGUUUGUUAGCCGAUCAUCAUAGAUUGUAUGGUAGCACACAGUUAGAUGCCUUGAAGCAGAUGGAGAUUGAUUUUUGCAUUAGAGUUUUGAAAGAACAAUUUAGUUUGUGUUUGAGAAUUGGAAGGGACCUUGUUCGGCUUCUGCAGGACUUGGUACAUAUUCCUGAAUUCAAAGCUAUAUGGAAGGACUUGUUAUUGAAUCCUGGUAAAUUUAAGGCUCCAGGAUUUUCUGACAUUUCACAGCUAUACCACUCAAGGACAUCUAGCCGUUAUCUCUUACUUCGGAUUACUCCAGAGAUGGAAAAUCAAUUGCGGUUCUUGCUGACCUAUGUGAAAUGGGGGAGACAGAAGCGUUACCAGCUGUGGUUUGCUAGGAAGUUCCUAGGUGGACCUGAAAGAGAGACCGUUAUCUGUGACCUUGUUCGGUUCAUAUGUUGUGCCCAUCACCCUCCUAAUGAAAUUCUACAAUCAGAUAUUGUUCCAAGAUGGGCCAUCAUAGGUUGGCUGCUGACAUAUUGUAGGAAAAAUCAUGUGCAAGCGAAUGCGAAGCUGGCCCUUUUAUACGAUUGGCUGUUCUAUGAUGAUAAAAUCGAUAAUAUCAUGAACAUUGAGCCAGCGAUCCUUUUGAUGGUGAAUUCAAUUCCUCAAUACAUUGACAUUACUAGCAACCUUCUUGAGUUCUUGUUCCUUCUUAUGGACAACUAUGAUGUUGAACGGAAGGAUGUCAUAUCUCAGGGUGUCUCAGCAGCUUUUGGUAACCUUGUCAGGAAAGGAGUGGUUCACUCAUUGGAUGCUUUGACCUCUUGCAAUGAACUUUCUUCACUUCUCAAAGAGAGGCUUGCAAACAUCUUUCCUCAUUUAAAAUCAGGAGUUUCUAGAGCACACCCCAUUUGUGUUCCUCGCGUUUCCCUCCCACCCUUUAAUUUGCCAAGUCCAUCAAGCACAGAAAGGCGGACAUCAGUUUUGAGGGAGCGAAAGACUCUUUUGUGUGACGGAGAAAAUGGAUUUGAUGAUAAGGUUUCUAAAGCACACCCCAUUUGUGUUCCUCGCGGUUCCCUCCCACCCUUGAAUUUGCCAAGUCCAUCAAGCAUGGAAAGGAAGACAUCGGUUUCUAGGGAGCAAAGGACUUCUUUGUGUAACAGAGAAAAUGGAUUUGUUGAUAAGGUUUCUAAAGCACACCCCAUUUGUGUUCCUCGCGGUUCCCUCCCACCCUUGAAUUUGCCAAGUCCAUCAAGCACAAAAAGGCAUACAUCAGUUUUGAGGGAGCAAAGGACUGUUUUGUGUGAUAGAGAAAAUGGAUUUGACGAUAAGGUUUCUAAAGCACACCCCAUUUGUGUUCCUCGCGCUUCCCUCCCACCCUUGAAUUUGCCAAGUCCAUCAAGCCCAGAAAGGCAGACAUCAGUUUUGAGGGAGCAAAGGACUCCUUUGUGUGGCAGAGAAAAUGGAUUUGAUGAUAAGGUUGUUUCUGCAUCAGAUAACCCAGUUACUUCUUGCAGUGAAGUCAUUGCAGUCAAUGGUGAGCAAUUUGAUGUCAUAGGGAAUUUGAUUAAAAAAUAUCAAGAAAGCAUUAAGCAGUCAAAUGAAAUGGGACUUCAGACUCUAAAAGAGAUAAUAUUGUCAUUUGCAAGUCCUGUUAGCCACACACUUGAUACUGCAGCUGUGGAUGAUUCUGAUCCCAGAGUGGAAGUAUUAGCUUGUCAAAUAGCCGAAUCAUUCAAAUUAAAUGGGUAUAGCAUGUUUUCAUCUCUCGAAGCCAAUCAUGAUGAUGAAGUUCUCUCUGCAACAGCCCUAAUUACGCGUGCCUUUAUAUUUUCUCAAAAUGAGAGGAUGCAGAAGAUGUUUCUAUUCUGGUCAAAAAAUGGUUGUCCAGUGGGAGCACGCUUACUAUGUUAUGCAUCAAGACUUGCUCAUGAGGCAGAGUUGAUGGGAUGCUUGAGGAAUGAUAUGGAUGAAAAUAGCUACCCCAAGCUAAGUUACUCAGAUAUGUCAUUAUUGAAAUGUCAUAUUAAUGGAUUUCUUACUUUUAUGAGUGGUCGGACGGAAGAUUCUCUUGAUGUCAAUCAAGUGGAUGGUAAUCUGGUUGCUAAGUUGGUAGAAGGUGCUUUUGCUGCUUACAGACGUUUCCUUGUGUUAUUGAGCGAUACUUUAAGUAAGGAAGCAGAUGCUUCUGUAGCUAAGCUAUUGUUUUCUGACUUAGUGACUUCUUGUGGGUGGGGAAUGAAAAGAUUGAAGUUGUUAUUCUGCAGUGUCUUCUCUCAUCUUUCUAAUUUAUCUGUUGGUGAUGAAAAUAUCAUUAGUUUACUUGUGGACCGAUUGAGUGACACAGAUCUAGUCAGUGUGCAGUUUGAAAUAGGUUUGAAAAAGUUCUGCAUCUUCGGAGAGGACACUGAGAAUAUUUUGCAUUUGAUUAAGAUCUCUAUCAAUUGGGGCUUUGUGGAACAGCAGAAGUUCUGGGGCUUGAUGAGAUCGGAGCUGGCAGUCUCCAAGGUUCAGGUGGAUAGGCUAGUCCGGGAUUUCUUCUGCCUAGGUGUCUUAGAUCCAAAUGUACAUUCCAUUGCAGUAGGAGGACUUCUGAUGCUGUCUAGCUGUUGUGCUCCUACACCUGAGCUUGUUGGUGCAGUGAUGUCAUUAGCUGAUGAUCCCUUCCUGGACUUCUCUGCGACAAUCUUGGCUAGUUGGUCUGUCUCAAAUGCCCAAAUGUUAUUUAAUAGCUUCGCUAAAUAUUUGGAAAAAAUCAACAAGAAGAAUGGUCAUUCUAUCUCUUCUAUUUCUGGUGGGAUUAGAGUUAACCACUCUACCAUUUUGAAGUUCUUGAAUUUUCUCAACAAACAAGGGUUGGAAAGCAUUAACCAUCUGAACAACUCACCUGUAAAUAUUCCGGAAAUAAAAGCCAAAUUAUCAGAGGUAGCAGCGGCUCACAACAAUAGAUGAUUGCUCUGUCAGUAACAGGUGAAUUUCUUGGUUACCAUUGCAGUCUGUGGUUGGAGGUUGACAUUCCAUCCAACUGAGUUGAUUUGAGGUGUUUUCCUUCUCAUUUGUGAGUGGCAGUUAAAAUGUUCUUAUCUGCAAUACCUCUUCCGUUUGACUGCAACAUCAAUGAUGACAUGAAUCUUGUUGAGAUCUGUGGUAUAAAGGCCAGUAAGAAAUGAUGGUUGUAUGAUUUUAUCAGACUUGAAUCUUGUUGAGAUCUAUGGUAUGGCAAUAAGAAAAGGGUUUUAUCAACCUUUUUUCCCACCUUUUCUGUUGUUUUCAUCAUUUUAUUUGUAUGUCACUUUUUUCUGUUUAGUACCAAUCAGUGCUGGCUUUGUUCAUUCAUCCUUUAAUAAUUAAUAAUUAAUAAUAGGCUAUGAAUUAUUGAAUAAUUAUGCAGAUAUCCAUGCUAUUGUACAUUUGAAGAAUUUUAUUCGGUUAGGCUACCUGAUUCAAUAUUUAAAAACACAUUUGGAUAGAAAAAAAAACCUGUUCCCAUUGUUUUCAGUACCUUUUGGCUCAAGCUGUCCCAGGCAUUUGUUGCUUGAGAGUUGAGACAAAACUUGCAAGGUCUCUGAUUGUUCAUUGAUUUCCAACUCCUCUGAAUCCAGAGCUGGAGCUGUCAAGCCUGAUGAGGUAAUGCCAUCUUUCUUGGCAUUAUUCCUGUUGACACAGAUUGAACUAAGCAAACCAUAGUUUUAGUGGAUCUGUUUGAUUUGCUUCCAGAUAGCUUCUGGCUUUAAAGCAGCCACUCUGCAAACAAUGGGUUUUAAUCUUCUGAGUGGAUGAAAGGGAAUUGAGUACAAUGGCCACCAUGAUUUCACGAUGUACCUAUUCUGUUUCGCAAUGUCACUGGUAUUUGCUUUGUUGCCUACUGAGGUUGGAUCUGUGAUAAGCAUGGGCCUUAAUGAUUCCCAUGAAUUUUUCCAUGAUCCUUCUAUGAAAACAAGGUGCUGUCAUACUCGCCUAAGGCAUAAAAGGUUGAGGUUAUAAUACGAGAAAAUAGCACAUUUAUGGUCCAGUCUUGCCGGUCAAGUGAGGAAGAGCCUAUCAGUUACACCAAUAGCAGAUGGUGGUGGCUGUUUCUUUAGUUUGAGUGUUGUCAAUAACAACCUGAAAACGAAUGACCGUCUUUCUGUUCCUAUUACAAGUGCCGAGUUUGCAGUGAUUUGCACAACUUGCAGUCAGUUCAUCUUGCCUCAUCUGAUGGGCUGGAGUCAGUACUCCAGAGAGCUGACAAGCAGUCAAAAAUUAUCUGGAUACAACAAUCAACUGAAAAACGUCAAUCACCCUCCGGUUACACCAGUCAGCUGCCAA